AAUCUGCAGCACAGUCCUGCUGCUGAAAUUGAAAUUUAUAAUAAGAUAAUCUCCAAAGUGAAUCAUUCUCAGGCAAAGUAAAUAUUCGUGGUUUACGUUUGAAAAUCGUCUUUCCCCAGGAAAAAUUCACGAUAUCAAACCGCAAAAAUGGUGGAUAUAGACUGUGCAGCCCUUAUGAGGUCCUACGCUCGGUACAUCCUCAUAAUAUUCAAUUUGUUUUUCGUGUUAACAGGUGUAAUCAUAGUCUCAGUAGGAGUGAGUGCCAAAGCUUACUUCAAUGAAUUCGAUGAAUUACUGGAUGCUAAAUACUUCUAUGUUUCCGAUCUGUUUAUAGUGGUUGGCAUAAUUGUCUUCCUAAUUGCAUUCUUUGGCUGCUGUGGAGCUGCUAAGGAAAAUGCUUGUAUGACAUCAACGUUUUCUACUCUUUUAAUUAUCGUUUUCGUACUAGAGGCCAUUGCAGGAAUCACUGGCAUAGUACUAAGGCACAAGAGUGAAGACUUCUUGGAAACUGCUUUGCAGAAAAGUAUGGCUUUAUAUGGAAGGAAUGAUUCACAAGAAAUCACUAGUACCUGGGAUGCAGUACAGUCUCAACUUCACUGCUGUGGAAUAACCAAUUCCACUGAUUGGUUUAACAAUUCUACUUAUGCAAACCACACCUUACCCUUGAGCUGCUGCCAAAUUCCAUCUGGAACUGUUGAUCAUUUUACAUGUAAUGUUCAAAAUGCAUAUCCGGAAGGUUGUUUAAUGGUAUUUGGGGAUUAUGUUCGCGGUAACAUUGGCAGCAUUGAGGUGGCUGGAUUAACUUUGGCCGCUGUUCAGCUUUUGGGAAUCAUCUUUUCCUGCUACUUGGCGAAACAAAUCAGGAGCGACUACGAAACAGUGUAAAAAGUACGUAUUUUAUCCCAGUAAGUUUUACAUAUUUAACAGCAACUAAUAAAUUUUGUUUUGUAGAAUUGUUAAUGAUUAGAAACCAAAGUUAUCGAAAUUUUUAUCUGUGUAGUGUUGUACUAUCAAAAUAGCAAUACUUGUAAUAAUUAUUCAUAUUCCUAUGGGGUCACGCUUCUGUUUCGAUAAGAAAAAUUCGACUGGUAAUUAUAAGAAUUCGGUGAUUUUUUAUGUGGUAUAGUUUAUGGAAUGUGACCUUAAUUACUGUAGUGGAUAAGUAGAUGUUUUAUAUACUAAGUUAGGGUGGCUUAACAUAUUAUUAUCAAUAAUGUAGAUAAGACUAUUUCAACUUAAAAGUCUUUAAUUAAAUACACUGUAUUUAUCGGCAGUUUAUUUUAUAUACUUAUUUGAAGAAAUAUAUUAUAUUGAAACUUAUAAA